GAGGGGCACCGGCAGGGCUGGGGGGAUCAUGCACUUCCAGCACCUUCUGGGCUGUUGGUGGUUUUGGGCCAGGCUCUGGGGCCGGGCUCGUGCGGCUUGGGGGGCAGGCAGUGGGCCUGUGCUGCGCCUGUCCUCCCCGUGCAGCUGCCUUUGUGGGAGCUUGUACUGAGUGCUGCUGGGGUGCGAUGGCUCAGCUGGAGAGCACCAUUUCUGGGGCUGCCUGAAGCGGGCGUGGAGUCUGCGCGGUGGGCCCAGCCCUGGGUGUCCUCAGGGGUCCCCUGCCCGACCCCCAUCCCUGAUCGCCCUGGUGUCUCCCUGUGCUCCCUGCAGCACUUCCUCCAGCUGGAGCAGAUUGGGGGCCAGCUCAGCGCCUCGCUGCUGCACUCCCAUGACACAGAGACCCGGGCCACCAUGAGCAUGGCGCUGGCGGGCGACGUCAUCGCGGCAGGGCAGGACGCCAGCUGCCACAUUCUCCGCUUCCGCCUGCAGGGGCCAGACAAGAAAAGCAGCAGCAGCGCCCCAAGCAAGGCAGGCGGUGCGGAGAAGGGUCCCCGCAAGCGGAAGGCCCCCAGCCCCUCUGAAAAGGGCGAGGGCGACACGAGCGAGGCGGGCGAGGUGGCAGUGGAGACGCUGUGCAGCGUGCAGACAGACUUCAGCCCCGACGCGCUGCAGAAGGCCGUGCGUGUCAGCGCCGACCAUUCGCUGCUGGCCACGGGCGGCGCCGACGGCUUCCUCCGAGUCUGGGAGGUAGGAGCUGCCCUGCGGGAGGUGAUGUCAGCUGGGGUCCCUGCCCAAGAUCCUUCAGGUCUCCCCCUGGGUGGGCGGGGGCCAGUCAGUGCUAGACAGGGCCCCCGCUGGCCCAGUUCUCGGGCGGGGGGUGUCAGGGUGAGGGUCUGUGCUGUGUAUCUGUCUGAGCAGCUGUCCGGUGACAUCUGUCCCACCAGUGACUCGGGCACGUUUCUGGGGCUGGGCACCGUGACAGGCUCGGUUGCCAUUCAUGUCUCCUUCUCGCUGCAGAGGCUGUACUACGUGAAGGAGGCACAUGGCAUUGUGGUGACAGACGUGGCCUUCCUGCCUGAGAGCCGGCGGGGUCGGGAGCUGCUGGCCGAGAACGAGGCUGCCCUGCUCAGCGUGGCCGUGGACAGCCGCUGCAAGCUGCACCUGCUGCCCCCCAGGCGCACCUUUCCCGUGUGGCUGCUGCUGCUGCUCUGCACUGGCCUGGUGGUGGCCACCAUCCUGCUACUGCAGCUGGCCUUCCCCGGCUUCCUGUAGGUGUGAGGAGCCCUGCGGGGACAGCAAAAGACUCUGCCCCUGCCUGGGGCACCUCAGGGCCCUUGCCUGCCUGGUCCGGUCCGGUCCGGCCCGGCUCUGCCCCCGGGACAAUGUGAAGCAGCUCAGAGACCUGCAGCCCCCCUGGCCCCACGCCGGGUGCUCCUGCAUAGGGCCUAGCCCCGGCCCUGCCUGCCCAUUGUGGAGAUGUGUGCGCUGGGUGUCUCCCUAGAUGGGAUGGGCGCUGCCUGAGCUCUCAGGAAUGGUAAGAUGCUCUGGGUGGUGGAGAGCCCAGUCUGUGCCAGUCGCCCCAUGAUGCCCAUCCAGUGACGUGCCAGCAGUGUCUACCUGUGCUCCUGCUGCAGCUCACUGGCUGUCAUUAAAACUGGAGUCUGAC